GAUUCCCACGUGCUUUGCGAAGGGCGCGGAUUCCAGGGUGCACGUGAGCGGCUGCAGCGAUGGCGCUGGUGGCGAGGAACAGGGUGAGGAGCAGGGUGAGGCGGUGGGUGCUACUGCUACUGGGCCUCACGGAGUGUCUCCUGCUGUCCGGAGUUGUGUUUGGGUGGCCUUCCCUGGCCCACGUGCUCACCACUCAGCGCUACUUUCUGCCCGUUCACCACAACCACACAGCCCCCGACACCGCCGCUCACCUUCAUGCUCACCCGCCUGCUCACCCGACUACUCACCCUUCUACUCGCCCUCCUACUCAGCAUGCUAGUCACCCCCCUACUCACCCACCUACUCACCCGCGUCAGCGGCAGCAGCAGCAAGCGGCGGAUAGAACCUGGGAGACAUCCAACUCAACGAAUGGGACCAGAGAAGGUCUCUGGCCGGACUACAACGAUGACGACGACGAUUUGGAGCAGCAGCAGCAGCAGCAGGAGCAGCAGCAGCAGCAGCAGGAGCAGGAGCGAGUGUUGGGCUGGGUGUUUGUGACGGCUGCCUUUGUGGGCAACGUCGCAUCGCUGCCCUGUGGACUCCUUGUGGACCACGCCGGGAACACCGUCGCUCGCUCACUCGCUCU